AUGAGCGACUUCGUCAGUUUCCCCCAAUCUCUCCGCAAUGGCACCACAGAUGGCACGGCUUCGUUCCCGCAUCGCAGCUCCGAGGGCUGCGCUGGCCGUCAGAACUCCGGUGGCACGAGCCCUGCAGCGUGCACGCGGCGCAAUAGAAGAUAUCGCGGCGGUCGUCCGCGGUCUUUCACGAAUCUAAGCUGGACGGACCUCUCGCCACAUGUUCAGCCUUCUGAGUCCGAACUCUUGAUGCCCCUUAAUAAGCCAACGGCUCGUGGAGGGCCUGUAACGUCUGCGAAUGCGUCGUUUGAUAUUGCGUAUUUUUUGAAAAAUACAGGACCAAUACAGGCAGGGGCGGCGGAGACGGGGAAGAUGGAGAGGAAACAGCUGAGGCAUAAGAGUGCGUUGAGGUUUUUGAAAUCGGGGCGGAAGCAUAGUUUGGCGACGAAGGUGGGAACGGCUGAAGGGAAACCCAGAUCUGGUCGAGAGCCGUCACCACUAGACUACUUUGUCCCAGCAGACUGUGUUGUGCAGAAAGUUUCCUCGAAAGGAAAGAAAUACCUGCAGAUCAUACCGCACCAAGAACCUGCAGAGUGGAGGACCACAAGCAGCAUUCGAUAUGUUAGUAACGACUGCAAGCUCCCUCGCAUUUCAACCGUCUUCCAGGACGGAGACGAAGGCGUUGACUACGACCCGCUUGAUAUCUGGAUCCCCAGGCUAGAGGCCACCAAAGAGCACCGCAAGUCACACAGAUCGGCAUCGACCCCCGGACUUUCGAGAGAUGAUACCGGUCUUCUGUCACCACCAAGCUCUCCAAACAGAACAGAAAGGCGUAGUCGGUCUCUGAGCGCCGGAGUAGUGGAUCUCACCCGGACCAUUCUCGAGAACCAAACUUUCGAAGCUCCUGGCAGCGGAGCAACAGCUCCCGAAAAGGCAUUCUACAGUCACCUUCCGAUCACGGAGCCUAUAUCCUUAGAGGAGCCGCUGUGCGUAUUUGGUGGCGAGGUGGUAAUCACUGAGUUGCUGGACAUCCAGCCGCAAGUACAGGAAAUGCCUCAACAUUGCGAACUCAGCUACCAGGAUGACCAACGAGGAAGAACAAUGCAACGCAGCAGCGAACUCCUCACCGGUCAAAGCAUGCGAAGGUCUUCGUCUGAUUACGACGACAGCCCGCCAUCAAUGCCUCCAAAAACAGCGACGGAGAACUGGGUCCAGCAUCAAGCCUCCCAUGAAGACGCUGACCACGGGCGCAACGACUCCGCUGUCGAUAAGCUUGAGAAAUUGGCCACCAAGGAGCCCAUCAAGGCGAAGCCCCACACACUCCGUCCCACCCGCAAAACCCGCGAUGAGCGGGUCCGCGCCCGCAAACUUCGUGACCUCGAGAGCACACGGCAGAACAUCGAUGAGAUUAUCGAGCGGUCCUUCUCCGCCGACACGGACUCAGCAGCGCCUUCUCCCUCCCCCUCCUCGCCGCAAUCAGCACGGCUCCGCCCACAACCUCUCAAGACCGUGCGGCCUAGGCCGCCGUCCCUAGACGUGCCGGAUCCAGCGCCCACCCCCGGUUUCAAAACAGGCUAUACGCCGUCGACAGCAGGCAGCAUGUGUCUCUCGCCCGUGAUGCAGGUCGCAGAGCAGAUCCCCGUGAAGAACAAGACGCUCAAGAAGCCGGCGAGACUGCUGCUCAACGAGCACGCAGCAGCGGCCGGUACGACUCUAGCCGUGCGCACACACACGCCGCCGCUGGAGCAGCUCUGUCGAAACCUAGAAGAGCAGGGCGAGGCGGCGGACACGACGGCCGGAGCAGACGACGAGCGCGAGGGCUACGAAGACAGCAGCAUCACACUGACGUCCGCGCGGCCGAUGGCAAAUUCUCCGACGACACCACCGAUGGGCGGCCCGCUCACGCGCCACCUCUCUGCGCCGGACGUGCUUUCCCGAACGGGCGUCCCGCUCUCUACAUCUCACACGCGAGACACAGACAGCCCCCACCGCACCGACGCCGCCCUCCCAGAUCCGCGCUGCACAGCGCUAGAGUCCCGGGUCGCAGCCCUAGAGCGUGAGAACCAGCUCCUAGAGGCGGCGUUAGUAGCCGUGCUUAAGACGUCCGGGGCGCUUGCCCGAGAGAGCGCAAGACACGAGCGGUGGCAUGGUCGGGGGCGGCGGGAUGACGCUGGCAGAGGGGUGGAAGGCUAUGGGAGGGCGAGCCGGGAUAGUGCGGCUGAGGGGACGAGUCCAUUGGAUGUGUACUUGGAAACUGUGGCGGCGGGAGGGAGAGGCGGAGUGUAA